AUGGAGAAGUUCAUGUUUUUAGCAUUUCUCGACCUUCUGUUAGGUUUCCUAUUGAUGUCUCAGCCCGCCAUUUGUUCCAGCAACUUCACUGAUCAAGAUGCUCUUCUCCACUUCAAAUCUGUGAUCGAAGUCGACCCGAUGAACAUGGUCAAAGGUGGCAAUUGGACCGCAGAAGCAAACUUCUGCGAAUGGAUCGGCAUCGUCUGCAGCAACCGCAGGCAGAGAGUCGUGGCGUUAGACCUCUCCUACAUGGGUCUCCAGGGAAGACUGUCUCCGUACCCGGGCAAUCUCUCUUUCCCGGCUUCUCUUGAUCUUCGCAACAACAGUUUCUAUGGCUCGAUUCCGAUAGAGAUUGGUCAUUUACGCCGCCUGAAAGAACUCAUACUCCAAUCGAACCAGUUUGAAGGAAACAUUCCUCCUAACUUAGCCCAGUGCCAAAAUCUUGAAGUGAUGUCACUCGCGGCGAACCAGCUAACAGGUGGCAUACCAAGAGAAUUCGGCGCCUUCCCCGUGUUGCAAAACCUGUUUCUCAGCUUCAACGAAUUAGGGGGUGAAAUUCCGAGCUUCCCGGCCAACAUAUCCACAUUGCAGGUCAUUGGUUUGGUCAUGAACAAUCUUACGGGUUCGAUUCCUCCGGCACUUUUCAAUAGAUCGCUCACGAGUGUCAUGUUGACGUAUAAUGAUCUCUCUGGAAGUCUUCCCUCCGAUCUUUGCUAUCGUUGGCCUAACAUUCAGAGGCUUUUGCUGUCCGAUAACCAAUUCAGUGGCCUGCUACCGCAGACGCUAACCCAAUGUAAAGAGCUUCUCGUGCUGUCGUUGUCCUUCAAUCGUUUUCGGGGAAGCAUUCCUCGAGACAUAGACAGCUUGCAAAAGCUGCAGGAGCUGUAUCUUGGUACUAACAACUUGACCGGCACAAUUCCUCGAACCAUCGGUAACAUGUCGAGCUUGCACAUGCUGUACACAGAAUUUAACAGCAUCGGAGGUAACAUUCCAAGUGAGAUUGGCAAGUUGGUCAAUCUGAAUUCAAUGAGCCUUGAGGAUAAUCUGCUAACGGGUGAAAUACCUCAAGAGGUUUUUAACAUUUCUUCGCUACAACUGCUUUCUUUGAUGGACAAUUCCCUCUCCGGAAGCCUUCCCUCAAGUAGCGAACUAAGCCUUCCGAAUUUGGAAAAACUCUAUCUGGCAAACAAUGACUUUAGCGGCAACAUCCCGCAGUAUUUCUCAAAUUUUUCAAACCUAAUCCCCGGGAUCAAUCAACUCAGCGGACCGAUACCCACGAAUCUGGGCAACUUGAAGAGCCUCAGAUACUUCGCGGUUCAGUCAAAUCAGCUAACAGGUGAGACUUAUGGUUCAGAGCUCAGUUUUCUCUCUGCUUUAUCUAAUUGCCAAUCACUGCAAACCUUGGUUCUGGAAGAAAACCCGCUUGGCGGCUCCAUACCAGAAUCUAUCAAAAACUUCUCGAGUUCCCUACAAAUUCUAUUCGCUCCCAAUUGUCAAAUAAGAGGUCACAUUCCCACCCAAAUGGGUUUCUUGAAGAACUUGACUUUCCUACAGUUGAGUGAUAAUGAUCUGGACGGCAACAUCCCAUCAUCAAUCGGAGGACUAGAAAGCCUGCAAAGGCUGCAUCUUGAUAACAACCAUCUCGAAGGACCGAUCCCCGACGAGAUAUGCAACUUGACAAAUUUAGGAGAGUUGCUGCUCCGGCAAAAUAGGAUAUCGGGAUCGAUCCCGAAUUGCAUUGGAAACCUGAGCAGCCUUCAAAAGUUUCUUGUAAGUUCGAAUAACAUGACAUCAGUUAUACCGGUAAGUCUGUGGAGCCUUCAACAACUAAUCUUCCUCAAUCUGUCACUCAAUUCUUUCAAUGGAGGACUACCACUUGACAUGGGGAAAAUGACAGAUAUACAAAGCAUCGAUCUUUCUUGGAACCGACUUACCGGUGCCAUUCCGAGUUCCAUCCAGGAGUUGAAGAGCCUUUCUUCUCUCAACUUUUCGAGGAACCUGUUUCAAGGAUCCAUACCGCAAUCGAUUGGCGACCUCAAAGGAUUGGAUUUCCUCGAUCUCUCCUACAAUGAGUUAUCAGACGCCAUACCGGAGUCCUUGGAAGGACUUACAUAUCUGCAACAUUUGAACUUGUCCUUUAAUAAGCUAUCAGGAAAGAUUCCUAAUGGAGGGCCCUUUGGAAAUUUUUCGGCUCUCUCUUUCAUUGGAAAUGAAGCACUUUGUGGAAAUGCAACCUUUCAAGUCCCACCUUGUCACGUAAACGGAAAGAAAUCAUCAAGGGAUAAGCGGCUCCGGUUACUAUACAUUAUGUUGCCAAUAGUAUCAGCUAUUCUUUUAGUCUCUAUCAUUUGCUUUUUUAGAAAGCGUCGGAACACUAGUAAAAAACCUGCAGUUUCGGUGGAGAACCCGCCUGGAAUUGACCACCCGAUGAUAUCAUAUCAGGAGCUUUGCUCGGGUACUAACAACUUCAGCGAAAGCAAUUUGCUCGGAGUAGGAAGCUUUAGCUCUGUAUACAAAGGGACUCUAGCCAACGGGGCAGACGUUGCGGUCAAAGUACUGAAUCUCCAUAUUGAAGGCGCCCUGAAAAGUUUCGACGCAGAAUGCGGGGUUUUCCGCAAGAUCCGACACCGGAAUCUAGUCAAGGUGAUCACCACCUGCACAAACGCCGAUAUGAGGGCGCUGGUGCUGCAAUAUGUGCCCAAUGGGAGCUUGGAGAAGUGGCUUUAUUCCAACAACUACAACUUGGGUCUCCAUCAGCGAGUGAAGAUAAUGGUCGACGUCGCUGCGGCGCUUGAUUAUCUCCACCAUGGCCAACCGGAACCGGUUGUGCACUGCGAUCUGAAGCCUAGCAAUGUUCUUCUAAAUGAGGACCUGAUCGCACAAGUUUGCGACUUUGGGAUAGCGAAGAUUUUGGCAGAGAACAAGCUGGAAACACAAACCCGAACUCUCGGCACGAUUGGUUACAUCGCUCCAGAGUACGGUUUGGAAGGAAAAGUCUCGACAAAAGGAGAUGUUUACAGCUUCGGCAUAUUGUUGUUGGAGGUGAUUACUGGGAAGAAGCCAACCGAUGAAAUAUUCGAUGCGGCUAUGAGGUUGAGGCAAUGGGUAGGUGCAGCAAUUCCAGACCGAGUGCUUGACAUCGUGGAUAGCAACCUCCUUAGCACGAACCAUGCGGAUCCGACGCCUUCGAAACUCGAGAGCAUAGUCUUAUCGAUUCUAGAGUUGGGGCUAGAAUGUUCAAGGGACUUGCCUGGGGAAAGAAUGGACAUGGAAACUGUCACGGUUAAGCUCAACAAGAUCAAGUUGUCACUUGACUAGAAAAUAAGGUAAGGACCAGUUCAUAAAAUUCGACCAUAGCAUCAGCUUUGUCCAUACACCGUAAUUUCGUUUCAAUGGCUUUGUGUCACAGACGUCUGUAAAAUCUUCUUUUGAGCUUUCUAAAUAAGAGGAAAACGGU